AUGGCGGAAGUCUCACGUAUGACCUUAAAGAUCCUCUACUCAUUAGAAGAUGGAUCAAGUGGGAGUUAUCUAGCACGUUCCAAGAAACCUCACGAAGUAAGAGUCGCUAACAUUUCAAAUCCAUCAGCUCCAACAGAUACUGAAUUAAAACUACGUAUAGGUGCAGUGAAUCUUUCAUUUGUUCUAGAAGAAAUACAAUUGAAUUCCCCAGAAGUUAUGGAAAUAUACACAAAUAAACAAUCAACAAACACGGAUAUUGUGUUAGAUUAUAAUCUUUAUUACCACGAUAUUUGUGAAGCUAACGAACCAUUAGUAAGUCUAGGCCUAUUAUCCAAGAUACGAUCUAAGCUACAGAAACAGAACCAAGAUAAACUGUCUACAAUCAGUGAAGAUACAACUAAUGAAGAAGAGGAAGAUCUUGAUGAAUAUGAUGACGAAUUCAUGGUGAUUGGUAGAGUUUGCUCCAAUUUUUCUGCUAUGUUAAGAAGAACAUAUAGUAAUGCUUCCAAGAAGAGAAAGCAAAGUAAUAAUAAAGAAACAUUGGAAUCUGAAUCUGUAGCUACUCCAGAGACCCUUGAAGUGAAAUUAAAACUUAAAAGAGUUGUUAUAAAUAGGCCUAAAGAGACAUCUGAAAUACCGAAGGUCUCGACUCCAUCUGUAAAACCUCAUCGAUAUGCCCCUCCAACAAUAACAAAUGUAACAAAAUCUGUGAGAGUGAAUAAAAGACAAACAAAUCCGAAACCUGCGCCAAAGGCUAUCAGAACUCAGUCAUUGCCCAUUUGGGAUACUCGUAUGAAUCCAGCUGGUUCUGGUUUCAUGAAGACAUCGAUUGCGCAUAAGAUAUAUAUGGCAGACAGGCAAACGGAGACUCUAGGUAGACACCAGCAACAGCAGCAACAGCAACAGCAACAGCAACAGCGACAGCAACAAAGACAAGAAAAACAUUCCAAUGCAUUGACCUAUGAGAUAAAUUCUUCACAAUCAGAUAAUUCUGAACAUAAAAUUAAAGUUGAUGACGCCAUCAGUAAAAGAUUUGAUUUCAUGAAUAAGAAAAAGGAUAAUUCUACAAAUAGUAUAACAACAAUGAAACCUACUAGUAUUAGUACUACAAAGAAAUCAAACAAAAAAGUCACAAAGGCCAGCAGAACCAAAUCAGGGAAAAUUCUUCCUACAAUGGCUACUAUGCAAAUAUCACAAGCAGUACCUUCACCCUUAACUACAAUAACUAGUGGUCUAAAUGAAACCAUAACAGGUAAGACUCCAUGUGACGAUGAUAAUGAGAUCAUCAACAACAAUAAUAGUAACAAUAAAGAAAAUAUUCCUCCACCAAUGGACAAUGAAAAUAUGAGUAGGGACAUGUAUACGAAUCUAUUAAAUUUCAAUGAAAAUACUAUUGAUUGGUUGAAUGAAUUCAAUGAUGCUACAAAGGGAUUGGAUUUAGUCGGAAUGAUGGAACCUCCAAGUAAUACUACACCAAUGGCAAUGGCAAAUCUAACAAAUUCUAAAAAUACACCAAGGGAUAUUCCAACUGUUGAAGAUAUGGAUAGAACAUCUCCAAUUGAUACAUUAUCGAUGCCAUUAAUGGAAUUAGAACAAGCGGGGAAACUUCAGAAUGUUGGGGUAAAUGCUAGCCGAAAUAAUGAAAAAUCUAACGAAAACGGUACUAUGACAGAUAUGAGAAAGAAGAGUACUAGUGGUAGUAAUAGUAAUACGGUUACAAUGAAACAUAAGGUUACUUCAUGCCAUGAUCAAUUACGUCGGUUACCAUUACUAUCUGGUCAACAGAAGGAAUUUGUUGAUAUCGCAAAUGUCAUACCUGCAGAUGCAACUGUACCAAAUAGUGAUGCAACUGUAUUAGUAAGUUAUUCCAAGAGUGAGGAUGAAGCAAACGAGGAGGAAGAGGAGGAGGAAGAUAAUUCUAAUAAACGUCAUGGCAUUAUGCCUUCAUCGCCUGGGAUGAUGUUUGGAUACAAACAUACGUUACAUGGGAAUCAGGAUGAUGAAAAUGAUAAUUAUGAUGGUGAUGAUAUCUUUUCGUCAUUUGUUAAUGGCAGUAAUGAUGGAGUAAGUCAUGACACACCUGCUACAAAUAACUGUAGUAGUGAUCCUAAAUAA